AUGAACAGGAAAGACAGCAAGAGGAAGUCCCACCAGGAAUGCCCGGGGAAGACAGGGGGCCGGGGCCGGCCCCGACAGGCCCGCCGCCACAAGACGUGCCCCAGCCCCCGGGAAAUCAGCAAGGUCCUGGCUUCCAUGGCUCUGGGCAUGCUGAAUGAGGGCGGUUGCAGCGAAGAUGACCUGCUGGAGAAAUGCAUUCAGUCUUUCGACUCAGCUGGCGGCCUGCGCCGUGGGGACCACAUUCUCAACAUGGUACUUGCCAUGCACAGCUGGGUGCUACCUUCUGCCCACCUUGCUGCCCGUCUGCUGACCUUAUAUCCUCCUGGGUACCAGGAGGCCACAGGGAGCACACAGGAGCUGAGGAGGCUGCAGAUCUGUCACCUGGUCAGGUACUGGCUGACCCAACACUCUGAGACAGUGCAUCAGGAGCCCCAGUUAGAAGAGGUUAUAGGUCGCUUCUGGGCCACUGUGGAACGGGAGGGUAACGCAACCCAGCGCAGCCUGGGAGACUCCGCCAACCUCCCAGGCCUGGGCAAAAAGCGCAAAGUGACCUUGCUUUUCGACCACCUGGAGACUGAGGAGCUGGCAGAGCACCUCACUUACCUGGAGUUCCAGUCCUUCCAGGCUAUCACGCCCCAGGACCUGCGGGACUACGUUUUGCAGGGCUCCGUGCGCGGCUGCCCGGCCCUGGAGGGAUCCGUAGGUCUCAGCAACAGCGUGUCCCGCUGGGUGCAGGUCAUGGUGCUGAGCCGUCCCGGGCCUGCACAGCGCGGGCAGGUGCUGGACAAGUUCAUCCACGUGGCACAGAGGCUCCUCCAGCUGCAGAAUUUCAACACGCUGAUGGCAGUCACUGGGGGCCUGUGUCAUAGCGCCAUCUCCAGACUCAAGGACUCCCACACCCACCUGAGCCCUGACAGCACCAAGGCCCUGCUGGAGCUGACUGAGCUCCUUGCCGCCCACAACAACUACGCCUGUUACCGCCGCACCUGGGCUGGCUGCACCGGCUUCCGGCUGCCUGUACUGGGUGUGCAUCUCAAGGAUCUGGUGUCCCUGCACGAGGCCCAGCCUGACAGGUUGCCUAACGGCCGCCUGAACCUACUCAAGCUCAACAGCCUCUACCUGCGGCUGCAGGAGCUGGCAGCCCUCCAGAGGCAACACCCCCCCUGCAGUGCCAAUGAGGACCUACUACAUCUGCUCACGCUUUCCCUGGACCUCUUCUACACGGAGGACGAGAUCUAUGAGCUUUCUUACGCCCGGGAGCCCCGCUGUCCCAAGAGUCUGCCACCCUCCCCCUUCAAGGUGCCCCUGGUGGUGGAGUGGGCCCCUGGCGUGACGCCCAAGCCCUACAGGGUCACGCUGGGUCGGCAUGUGGAGCAGCUGGUGGAGUCUGUGUUCAAGAACUAUGACCCCGAAGGCCGAGGCACCAUCUCUCAGGAGGACUUUGAGCGACUCUCAGGCAACUUUCCCUUCGCCUGCCACGGGCUUCACCCACCCCCCAGCCAGGGGAGUGGCUCCUUCAGCCGAGAGGAGCUGACAGGGUACCUGCUCCAGGCCAGCGCCAUCUGCUCCAAGCUGGGCCUGGCCUUCCUGCACACCUUCCGGGAGGUCACCUUCCGCAAGCCCACCUUCUGUGGCAGCUGCAGUGGCUUCCUUUGGGGUGUCACCAAGCAAGGCUACCGCUGUCAGGACUGUGGGCUGUGUUGCCACAAACAUUGCAGAGACCAAGUGAAGGUGGAGUGUAAGAAGAGGCCAGGGGCCAAGGGCGACGUGAGCCCCCCAGAAGCCCCUGUCCCACCCACACCAGUUCCCCAUGCCGGCUGUGGCUCCGAGGACAAUCUCUCCUACACGCUGUCCCUGGAACCUGAGACUGGGUGGGACGUUUGCCAUGCUUGGACCCAGACAGCGCCCUCACAUCCCUCCUGGGAACCAGAGACGGUCCCUCUGCCAGCGACGGCCCCAUCACCCAACCAGUCCUCCAAGCUGAGUUCCUAGACGUUGCCUUGGUCUGCUCUCUCCCCACUCCCUCCACCAGAGUCAGUCUCCAGUCCUAGUAUUUGGCCUCCAGGCCUCCAGCAGAACCCCCAAAGGCAUCGCCUCCUUCCCAUCCACACUGCCUUUGUUGAAGCAUCCGUCAUCUCUUACUCCGAAAGAAAGUUACUUUCUUCUUUUGCA